UUACAAGAUGGCGGACAAUAAUAUCAUAUGCAUAAUAACAUGCAAUUAUUAUCAUACGGGGGAAGAUUAUGAACUUGUGGAAAUAUGAUGAACACAUCGAGAACAACUGCAUACUAAUCGUUAUGACAAGGAAAUGGAGUGGAUAGAAAAGCUGCCAUGGGUAAUGCUGUUGACAUUUUGUACCGUAAGAAAAUUGAAGAGCGCAAAAAACAGACAGAGAAGGAACGACAAAUUUUCCAAGCUUGUAUAGCCUGGAAUAUCAGACAAGAGGAACUACAUAAAAGAGAAAUUGCUGAAAGAAAAGAAAAAGCUUGGAAAGAGCAAGAGAAGGAGAGAAUGAAAAAAGACGAAGAACUGAUGGAAAUGUAUGUUCAAAAUAUCGAAAAAGAGAAAAUAUCAAACAAGAAAAAAUUGAAGUUAAGAGAACGAAAAAUUGAGGAAAGGAAAAGACUGAGUUCUUCUCUUUCUAAUAGGAGCACAAGACAGAUGGAAGAACACAUUAAAAAGGAAUCAAAGAUAAUUGCCAAAAAUAUAGAGAAUAUCGAAAAAAGAGCGGAAAAGUCAAAAGAGGAGACGAAAAAACGAAUUAAAACAAUAGAAAAGAAACACGCGGAGGACCGGAAGCUGUUUAUGCGCAGAGUUACAACCGCUGAACAGGAAAGAAAUAAAGAUAUUGUAAAAGCUGAACGCAGAAUAUCAUACAUUGAGAAGAAGAUUGUACAGGAGCGUAUGAUUUGGCAACACAAACUUCUGGCCGCAAGACGAAUUGAAAGUGGGAAGAAAGUAUCUGGUAAAAAGCUUUGGGAAAUUGGACGAAAGACAGUUGAGAAGAAAAAACAGUCGCUUGAAAAGUCAAAACAAGGAGAGGGCAAUAAAGUUUAUAAAUCUCAACGAAAGGUUGAGGUAGAAUGGGAAAACAAGACAUAUCUUAGUGGAAAAGAUCAAUUGCAUAAAAACAUGAACAAAAAGGCAAUAAAUAAUCGCGUUGUCAAGACGAUUUUGUCCACUGUAAACGAAGAAGAUCCUAUUUUACUUGACGUAGGCAAAAAGAAAAUUACACCUAGAAUAGGCGCAAAAAAACAACGUAUUACUAAACCCGUUGUAAAAUCAGAACAAUUUACGUCACAGACAGAUAUAGUGCGACGUUCCAACUCAGAACGGUUUCAACGUUUUUAUGUUCCACAAAAGAAUAAUUAUGCAGUAAAACAAACAACCCUAAACACCUUUAGAAAAACCGAUACGGACGUCAGUACAACUUUUCAUCUCAACAAAGUCGAUAGCGUUACAAACAAAGCGGAAUUUGGUAAAACACAACAAAACACAGAAACGCAAAGACAAAAAAGUAGUAAUAAUACCAACAAUCUCCGUAAAGAUAACAGAAUAAACAAUCAUUCCGAUCAAAAUACUUCUAUGAAACAAACGAAGAAUCCCAAAGUAGAAUUUGAACAGAAAUCAGAAGCAACAAAAAUAGAGGAUAUUGCAGAAAAACCAACGAAAUUAAACGAAAACCCAAUUCAAAUGUACAAUCAUGCCGUCCGUACAAACAAUUCACGUCGAACGGACACAUCAAAACCUGGACAAAUUAAACCAAAUUUAACUCAAACACCUACUGGUAAUUUCAACUCACUAAACCGUUUACAAGAGAGGAAACAAAUUAUCACAUUAUCUGACCCGCUGAUUCCAAAAAGUCUUGAACUCAGACAACCGGAAGUUGAGGAAAUUAUGGGUAUUAAGCCUCUCUCAAUCGCGAAAGAUAGUAUAACAAAUAAAACUGUCCAUUUCGAAAACAAGUUUACAGAGAGCAAACAAUCACUAACGACAGGUAUAGAACCGAAGAGUGACAAAUAUAACGAGGAAAAUGCAAAAUUUAACAAUCAAUGUUCAAAAAUGAAAGAAGGGCAAAUUUUAAAGAGUAACGAUCAGAAAGAACGUUACGAGUUUCUAUUUUCUACAGUUAAAAAGCCGAAACGAACGGGAGACGAUGAAACCGAGAGUAAAAACAAGGAGAAAACAGAUAAAAAGACAACGAAUGAUUAUGUACCGAACCUCCCCACUACUAAAAAUGUACUUCUUGUAGACAAAACUCAGGUUAAACCACCGGAGAUGGGAACAGGGGCAGUCAAUACAAAAGUGUCACUAAAGACUAGAAUAAAAGAACUUGAAAAUGACACCAAAACAGAACAUCGCUUUGGUAAAUCGGCUGAAGUAGAAGAAGGUUUUCGGAAUCCUAACACAAAAGAGGAUCCAAAAACAACCACUGUAGAACAAAUAACGAGAGUUACGUUGCAAAAUAACGAAAUGGAGAAUGUUAAGCGUUCCACCAUAGAAGACCGUCGUGAAAGGAGACAAAAACUAACUGUUCCAAUAAAACCAAGAACAAAUCUCUCUGUAAAUAGUUAUCCCAGCAUGUUUCUAGUGGAUCAAAGAAUAUCAGAGGUACAACGAAGGAUAGAUAAAAUGAUGAAGACUAGCAGUACAGACAUAUCAGUAGCAUAAUUUUCUCAAGUAUUUUAAUCCUUGUUCUAGUUUUUACUUAUCUUUAUACUUUUAUUUUCUCACGUUUAGCUAGAGGAAUAGCGGUAUUAGAUUGUUAUAAUAUAUAAACUUAUAGUUUUAAAAUAACAUGUAUUCUACUAAGCUGUCAAAGGAAUACAGAUUUUUUCAUAAGAUUUUCUAAAUAAAUUCAUUAAAAUUACUGUAUGUAUUAUUUUGUUCACUAUGUAAAUGAUAUACCUGUAAUAAAACUUAGAUUUUAA